AUGCUAUCAACCUCAACAUCUGGCAUGGUAAAUGGGUCGUGGGGAAGACGAUGGUUGGUAAGCUGGACAGGUGGUUCAAGGCCAAUGUUUUGUGGUUGUGUUGUCCAGUCAGAAGAAGAGUCUAGAGCCAUAGUUCUUUGCGACAUCCCAACUCAUAAACUAGAACCCAAAGUUUUGAUCGAGGGAAGGAAGACAUUGGGCUGUAAAAAACAAAACCCAAUCAACCAUGGAGACAUAACGUAG